CAGACAGGUGCGCGUGCUGUGAUAUUCAGCACGGUGCCGCUGUUUCCAUACACCGUGCGUGUGACCGAGUCGUGCAGGGGAUCCUUCUGCGUGGCCUCCCUCCGGAAGGCCGAGAGGCAGACCGCACCCUCUGGUCGCGCCGGCCGUGCAUGGCCGACGCGUCCGCGGGCGACCGCCUCUGCGUUUCGCCGUCCGAGCGCAGCGUAGGACAGGAGCAGGUCAGCGUGGGAGGGCAGCGUUGCCCAGAUGCCGCCGCCGCGGCGCGGCUUUCCGCCCUGCGUGGAGCGCAGGUGGUCUGCAAAGGUACUUCCAGCAGGGGCUCCGCUGCACAAUCAUGGCAUUUGUUCAGCGAGCCGUUUCCUCUCUUUCUUUCUUUCUCUCUCUCU